AAAAAACAAUCGUUAGUAUUUUAUUUUGAAGGCGGACGUCCAACCGCCGCCUGGCUGACGUCCGCAACUUGACGUAGCUCGCGCGCUGUUGGUCAGCGGGCUCGUGAGUGCAGUUCGGUCUGUUGUCCAGGCGGCUGCGCGUGCGGUUGCGUACCUGGCCGCAGUAUAUAAAGACGGUCAACGGCCAGAAACCUCAACGGUCGCCGCUCGCUGCUCGGUUCAAAAACCCACCCGCAAACAUUUCACUUCUCCCCCCGACACCGGCAUCAGCGUCCCCGGCACAAGCCGGGGCAGAGGGGGGUCCAGCGCGGGGCGAGACAGCCGAGGACCGACCAGCAUGGACCCCCAAACGAAGGACCGCACCAGCCCGGCGGCGGGAGGCUUCAGCGGGCGUCUGGCCUCUCUGGGAGCCGACGGGGGCGACUCCGAGUCCGGAGCCGGCUCUGAGGAGGCUGCCGUGGGCUGCUGCAGCGACACGUUCAGCAGUCUGCCCGACAUGGAGCAGGAUACUCUGGAGGAGAAAUUAAGAGGACUGGCGUUCAGAAAGCAGACCUCGUAUCGGAAGGCGAUCUCCCGCUCAGGCGUCCAUUACCUCGGUCCACCUCAACCGUCGCUUCCUCCGGCCUCCAACGGACCCAACAAGGAGCUACGAACCUGCUUGGACUGGACGGAGAACGCAGUGAACGGGGAUCACCUGUGGAUGGAGACGAGUUGUUCUGGAGAGCUUUGUUACCUCGGAGAGGACACCUGCCUGCUCAAGACUGCAAAGUCGGCCCCCAGGAGGAAAUGUGCAGCCUGCAAGAUCGUUGUUCACACCAGCUGCAUAGAGCAACUAGAAAAGAUUAACUUCCGCUGUAAGCCGACCUUCAGAGAGGGAGGAUCCAGGUGCCUCAGAGAUAACGUACUGAGGCAUCACUGGGUUCACAGACGAAGACAGGAGGGGAAAUGUAGGCAGUGUGGAAAGAGUUUUCAGCAGAAGUUCUUCCACAGUAAAGAAAUCAUCGCCAUCAGCUGUUCUUGGUGUAAACAGGCUUUCCACAACAAGGUGACGUGUUUCAUGCUGCACCAGAUCGAGGAGCCGUGUUCUCUGGGGGCCCACGCCGGAGUCAUAGUCCCACCCUCCUGGAUCAUCAAAGUCAGGAAACCACAGAGCUCACUGAAGAACUCUGCCAGGAGAAAAAAGAGGACUUCUUUCAAACGGAGAACAAGCAAAAAGGGCCUGGAUGAGUCUAAAUGGCGUCCGUUCAUGUUGAAGCCCCUCCCCUCUCCCCUCAUGAAGCCCAUCUUGGUUUUUGUCAAUCCCAAGAGUGGAGGCAACCAGGGUGCCAAGGUGUUACAGAUGUUUAUGUGGAUCUUGAACCCUCGCCAAGUCUUCGACCUGUCUCAGGGUGGACUGCGAGAGGCGUUGGAGUUGUAUCGUAAAGUGCCAAAUCUGAGGAUCCUUGCCUGUGGAGGAGACGGCACGGUGGGGUGGAUUCUGUCGGCUCUCGAUGAGCUGCAGAUGAACCCGCAGCCUCCGGUGGCUGUGCUUCCUCUGGGAACAGGAAAUGACCUCGCCAGGACGCUCAACUGGGGCGGGGGCUACACAGAUGAACCGGUGUCCAAGGUUCUGUGUCAUGUGGAGGACGGUUCGGUGGUGCAGCUGGACAGGUGGAACCUCCUGGUGGAGAAGAGUUCUGUACAGCCAGAGGAGGGAACCCAGAAGCUGCCCCUGAAUGUAUUCAACAACUACUUCAGCCUGGGCUUCGAUGCUCACGUCACCCUGGAGUUCCACGAGUCCAGAGAGGCCAACCCAGAAAAGUUUAACAGUCGCUUCCGCAACAAGAUGUUCUAUGCAGGAGCUGCCUUCUCAGAUUUCCUCCAGAGGAGCUCCAGGGAUUUGUCCAAACACGUCAGAGUGGUGUGUGACGGUACAGAUCUGACUCCCAAGAUCCAGGAGCUGAAAUUCCAGUGCAUCGUGUUUCUAAACAUUCCCAGGUACUGUGCUGGCACCAUGCCGUGGGGAAACACAGGCGACCAUCGCGACUUCGAACCUCAGCGCCAUGACGACGGCUGCAUCGAGGUCAUCGGCUUCACCAUGGCCUCGCUGGCGGCGCUGCAGGUUGGAGGUCAUGGAGAGAGACUUCACCAGUGCAGAGAAGUUGUCCUCACUACCUUCAAGACCGUACCUGUUCAGGUGGAUGGAGAACCCUGCCGACUGGCUCCAUCAACGCUCCGCAUCUCCCUCCGAAAUCAGGCCAACAUGGUCCAGAAAAGCAAGAGGCGAACUUCAGUACCGCUGCUCAACGAUAUUCAGAAGGUGUGUGCAGCUGAUCUGCGCCGCCUCUCUGCUCCCCCCGACUCCUUCUCUGUUCCUCAUGCAGUUCCGGACCGCCUCCGCCUUCGAGUGAACCGGAUCAGCCUCCAGGAGUACGACCGGCUGCAGUACGACAAGGAGCGGCUGCGAGACAUCUCCAUCCCAGUGGGAAUAGUGGUGGUGAGAGGAGACUGUGACCUGGAGACAUGCAGACUUUAUAUCGACAGAUUACAAGAUGACUUACACCAGGCGCCACCUACUGGCCACAGAGUGCACUAUCAGGAUGAGAGCAGAGGAAUCCCCAGGACCAGUUCAACCAGUAGACUGUCUCCCAACUGGAGCUUCUUGGAUUCCACAUCAGCUGACCGCUUCUAUCGCAUCGACAAGGCUCAGGAACACCUCCACUUUGUGACAGAAAUCUGUCAGGACGAGGUGUUCAUCCUGGACCACGAGGGUCCUGUGGUGAACCAGGGCUCGUCCACAGGGAUGCCAGAUCUGGUGGUGGAACCCACGGCAGGAGCUCCUCUGACACUUGAAGAACAAGCGCUGCUGACUGCUGCCGGCUCUGGGGAUCUCCCAACGUUGUCAGAGUGUGUGGGUCAGGGUGUGAGUCUGCUGGUCAGAGACUCUGGAGGCUGUUCAGCGUUACACAUAGCAGCUCAGAACGGACACGCACACCUGGUCAGCUACAUCCUGCAGCAAGGGUCUAAGGUUCUUCUGGAUUUGACAGACAGAGAGAAAGGGGAUACCGCCCUGCACAAAGCCGCCUCAGAGAAGCAGCAUGCGGUGUGUCGGCUGCUGGUGGAGGCCGGAGCGUCGCUGGAAAAGACCAACUUCCAGGGGAAGACGCCGGCAGAACAAGCAGAGGGAGACUCUGAGCUGGCCACGUACCUGAGCUCCCAGCAGAGUUCAUCUGGUAACCAUGAAGACCUGGAGACGGCCGUCUGAGGCGCGACACACACUCUCACACACUCUCACACACUCUCACACACACUGUCUGGACUCCAACACACUCCUAGUGGAGACCGACGGAGAGGAAAGUGUUUCAGAAACGACCCGAGUCUGGAUCCGAGUCGAUGAACUGCUUCAGCAGCACUGCAGUGACGAUUUUAAUGGUCAACUAUUUAUUUGUAUUUAUUUAUUCAUAUUCUAUUUAUUGGUUGUGCUGAUUGAUUGAUUGAUUGACUGAUUGUAGGACUUUUAACGGUUCAAGAUGCAAGUGCAAUUUGACCAGCCGUCACAUGUGGUGAGUUCACCUGCUGGACUCACAGAAACACGUUUCUUAUCUUGUAAGGGAUUUUACUCAGUAGGACUCCUACAGUGUCCAUUAAGCAUUUAAAUAGCAAGAAACAGUAAAAGUUCAUCCCUUAAAACCUGCGUGCCAAAGACAUUGCACCAAUGUCGUGUCAUAUCCAGUUCAGAACUUUAGUAAAAGGCCUGACACGUGACUCCACGUCCUCCCAAACGUUUAAAACUGUCUUUAACACCAAAUUAUGCAACGAUGUUUAUCACAAGCCACUUCAUUCGAUGAGUCACCAGAAGUUACAGAAAGCACAGGAAGUGGUUCAACAUAUCGCCCAGAAACUCUCCCAGACGACCACACAGGUUUAUAGGAAGUACUCGCAGUAGAUCUUAAAAAGUCCCUGCUGUGGGUGUUUUGUGCCCCAUCAUUAGGUUCCUUUGGUGAGGUGGUGUGGACGUUUUCCAGAGCAGCCGAGGAUCAGCGUAGAACCAACGGCUCCAACUGCAGCCCAACAGUGAGUUAUCUGGAGGAAGUAGGCUGCUGGGAAAGUCCAGAUCCUCUACAGAGGUCCUCACUGAGCUCCUUCUUCUGGGCCAUUAGUCCAUGGGCCCAGACCCAACGUUUCCAGUAUCAGUACCACUCAAGGUGACCAAUUCUUUUUGGUAUUUUUAACCAGCUAUAUGUCUCAGUUUGCAUUUUGAUAUGACAGCCGCUGCAGACUCACAGCUUCAUAAAUGUUAUCACUGGUUUAAUGGACACAAUGAAAGGGUCUGAGCCUGAAGUCGAGUUGGACAGGAUUAUUCCUCAUGAUGAAAAACAAGAAGUGCCACACAUCAUCUGUGUUAAUAACUUUACAACACAGAACAAUACUGCAACAAACUGGAGUCUGACAAAGAUUUCAUUGCUAUGGUAACAAGAUCGUCAGUGACAAAAACAAGAAACAGAAUGACAAAGCAAGACACAAAAUGACAAAAACGAGACACAAAACAACAAGACUUAAAUUGACCAAAACAAAGCAUGAAAAGAAAGUACAGACAAACAAGAAACGCAUUCAUCUGGAUCUGAUGUUUAAUUUUAUUAAUAUAUAUAUAUAUUUAUUAUUAUUGUUAUUAAAAUGAAUUGUGUAAUAUCACAGUUAGGUGAAUGUGAGCGUUUCACUAAUAAGUGAUGAAGCUGCCAGUGUGGAAAGACUCUCACAUCUUAAUGUACUUAUAGUAACACAACGUACAUUUUAGUACCACUUAGGUUUGGUCUCCUGAGCUGGUUCCAGUAUCUGGUCUGGACCAUGGACUACACGAUGACCAGAAAUUGAGAAGGACCAGAACACAUUUCCUCUAUUUAUACUCUUCUGGAAAGAUGCUAUUUUUUUUAGUCAUUGUUGAACCUUUGGUCCACAAAAAAGGCUUUUAUUCCAUUGAAACAUCUUGAAAUAACUAUAGGACAAAGAUGAACACAUUUGGGACACUUUAGUUGAGAUAUUUUCAGUCUGAACAUGAGCAAAAAGUCACUUUUGGCGUAUAACUAUUGUUCUGUAAAUGAGGUUUAGCCAACUCAUAUGUGGAUCAACAAGGUGUAGAACCAACAGCUUCAACUGCAGCCCAACUGUGAGUUAUUUGGUGGAAGCAGGCAGCGAGGAACUUCCAAGUUCUACACAAAACCAAUUAAAAAUUCAUCUCCUUGGACAGCA